UAAAGCAUUGAAAUCAUUUAAAAUUUAAGAAAAACUCCAUAUAGAAGCAAUGUCAUCUCAAAGUCGUAUUUAUAACUUCUUUGCAAGUACAACGGGAAAACAAUUUUCAUUAUAUUCAACGGGAUUUGUAGCACUUGGAGCAUUUGCUGUAAAAUAUUUCCCUCAUACAUUUUUCUCUCAGAAUUAUCGAGAAUUUGUUGCUUGUUACAAAGAUGGAAUUGAGAAACGAGUUCCGGACGCAAUCAUGAAACGUUUCGAGAUAGCACAGGAUAUACUGAAGCUAUCAGAUUAUGAAAAGAAUCAUAUGAGUCCUUUCAUGGUUACCGGCUUCGAUACUGUCCAUAUUGGAAGUCUUAAAGUUCGGUUUGGAGCAUUAACUGGAAUUCCAACUAACUUCUCAUACACAGAGCCAUGUGAAAUCGAUAAAGCUAACAUAAUGAUUCGUGGAAAAUCUAUUGAUUGGAACUCGAAUGGUGGAAAACGUUUAGAGCAAAGUUUAGUGUUAACCGAAGAUGAACAAAUUUUCGCGCUUGUGCGUGAAAUGAUUCAGUUGCAAGAUGAUAAAAUCUUGUUAAAGUCAAUUUAUCCAACGGGAGCAAUCGCUCUUUAUUACAUUUUGUCAAGUGGAAUUAAUACAAAAUUUAAUCUUUUCAUUCGUCCUUUGAGUUUUCGUCUUUCUUUCUACAUGAUUGUUGGAUUAUUUUGUUUCGGAAUUUACUCAUUUUUGAAUGAUUACACACAAGUCUCUGCUGAUGGAAAUACAGAUCAAAGGUUGGCAGCUCUUGGCAAAGGAUUUAUUGAAGCUGGUGUUAGAUUCUAUGCGAAAUUACUAAAUAAAAACAUUGCCAUACGAGAUUUAACAAAUGAUGACAGUGAAUAUACGGCAUUAGGAAAUGAAUCUUUCAUUAUUCGUCGAAAACGGCUUCCUUUGACUCUUCGAAAAGCAUUUUUUGAUGCAAAACUAAAAGAAUUGAACCAAGUCUCUGCUGAUGGAAAUACAGAUCAAAGGUUGGCAGCUCUUGGCAAAGGAUUUAUUGAAGCUGGUGUUAGAUUCUAUGCGAAAUUACUAAAUAAAAACAUUGCCAUACGAGAUUUAACAAAUGAUGACAGUGAAUAUACGGCAUUAGGAAAUGAAUCUUUCAUUAUUCGUCGAAAACGGCUUCCUUUGACUCUUCGAAAAGCAUUUUUUGAUGCAAAACUAAAAGAAUUGAACCAAGUAGAGAAUGAAAAUAUUUCAGGAGUUCACAAAAAUGAUAAAUUCAAUGAAUAGAAAGAAUAAAGAAAAUAGAAUGAAGUUGCUGAUCAAA